AUUCUGCAAUAAAAGUAAUAUGAAAUGGUAUUGUGUGAUAGCAUUGUGUAUUUUCAGCGUGGCCCCUGCAAGAUGUACUUCCAGUGAAUCGGAGGCUUUGCAGCAGGCUUUUGUGCUUGUUGAUCUUCUUAAAGCAGAAUAUGCAAGACUGAACAAACAAAAUUCAUUUUUGAGAGCUGGAGUGCCUUUAAGUACACCUGAACAGCCGACUUGCCCAACUACACAACGCCCUGCGAAUAAUGAUCAUUCAUUUACGUUGGAUGGAGGAAGUCUUGCAGUCCCUUUCCGUAGAAUUCUCUUAAACAAUUUGACUCCGGACUCCGCUAACAAUAUGCGAAAACAAUCACGUCUUAAGAGUAGGCGGCUGGAAUACGACGACAUGUUUGGGCCGCAUCCUGGUGAAGAACCCACAGAACGCACAUCACAAACUCAACCUACGUCGACGCUACCAACAUCAAGCUCAGCAUCACCCACACCACCACCAACCAAAGUAGAAAUCACGAUUCCAACAGUCUCAGAAGUUGCACAACAUCUCUCAACGCGUCCUUCUAUAGAUUUUGAGCAGACCAGAAAAGCAAAAAUAGAAGGCAACAAAGCCGUCAAAUUAAAAUUGAGCCACCAAAAGCCUACGAGCAGAGACCCCGUCAUUGAACAGGUGGCAUCCGAAGUCAUGAACGAGAUGAAAGACAGGACUACCUCUAAAUUUAAGGUUGAAAUAGCGCCACUUUUGACUGCUAAGACGGAACGAUACACUAGAUUUGAGAAUGUCAAAGGCACCUACAGGAUCCAUCAAGCCACCAGCAAAAGAUAUCCCAUUCCCUUACCGGAAAAUAAUGCGUUUUGCUUUUAUCACCCAGAUAAUCCAUUGUGUCGAACAUUCAUAUAAGCUAGUUCCUGGACCAA